UUUAAAUUUUGCCAGCUGGGCGGUUCCAAUAUUUAUUUUAUUUAUGAAAAGAAAAUAAUUGUUUUACGAAUUAAUAUCGGAGUCUCAGUUCCCGGAAGCUGUGAAGAAUCAAAUUAUUUAAUAAAUUUAGUGUUAUUCUGAUACUUAAUGACCGAUCGGGCUUCAACUGAAAAAUCUCCGGAGCUCAAUCCAAACGCAGGAGUGCUGAGGUGCUGGCGUGUUCGCGCGUGUCUGGUGCAGAAAAGAGCGCACGCGGAGGCGGGGCGGAGGGCGAGAGGAAGUGUCUAUAUGGCAGAUCCGGAGUCAUCAUGAAGGUGGAUGCCGACGCUACAGACGCGCCCGCCGCGCAGACCGCUGCCUCCGCAACACCGACCGCUAGUAAUACCGAAUCGCCUGUCUCAUCUCUCGACGACUGCCGAAUCCCGACAAGUGAAACUAUCCCGACGCCCGACCGGGCGCUUCUCGCCAAGCUGGAGGAAGAAAACCGUCGUAUCGAGGCUGAUGCGAAGAACGCCUCGCUCACUACCGUCCACAGUCGGAAGAGCUCCGACACAUCACUGAUAUCCCUCGCUUCCGCCACAAGCUCAAGUCAUGAGGUCGAAACGCGCCCAACUCCUGGGACUAAUGGAGAAGAGGAUCUUUGGAGCCUCUGGGGUCGCCUCGUCAGCAACUGGGAAUCGGAAUGGAAACGUCGAAAUCAAUGGGUCCGCGACCUUGUUCGACAGGGUGUCCCACAUCAUUUCAGAGGCAUCGUAUGGCAGCUACUGGCAGGCGUAGACACGUCGCCCGAAAAGAAGUUAUACGCCUCAUAUAUUAAGGCGAAAUCAGCCUGCGAGAAGGUCAUACGUCGUGACAUCGCUCGUACUUAUCCCGAACACGAUUUCUUCAAAGAGAAGGAUGGCCUCGGCCAGGAGUCUUUGUUCAAUGUGAUGAAGGCGUAUUCUUUGCACGAUCGAGAAGUCGGCUACUGUCAAGGCUCAGGAUUUAUCGUCGGCUUAUUACUAAUGCAGAUGCCGGAAGAGGAAGCGUUCGCUGUUUUAGUUAAAAUAAUGCAACAACAUCGCAUGCGGGACAUGUUCAAACCGAGCAUGGCGGAACUGGGACUCUGCAUGUUUCAGCUGGAGAACUUGGUACAGGAACUGUUGCCUGACUUGCAUGUUCACUUCCAAUCUCAGAGCUUCAGCACGUCUCUGUACGCUAGUAGUUGGUUCCUGACUUUGUUCACAACAACAUUAUCACUUCCGCUCGCUUGCCGUAUAAUGGACGUGUUUCUCUCUGAAGGAAUCGAAAUUGUUUUCAAAGUCGCCCUAGCGUUGCUUACUUUAGGAAAAAACGAUCUCUUAUCGCUCGAUAUGGAGAGCAUUUUGAAGUACAUACAGAAAGAAUUGCCCUCGAAAGCUGAAGCGGAUCAAGCCGCUUUCAUGAACUUGGCGUAUUCAGUCAAAGUGAAUCCGAAAAAAAUGAAGAAACUCGAAAAGGAGUACACGGUUAUAAAAACAAAGGAGCAAGGUGAUAUCGCCGUGCUCAGGUGUCUUCGUCAAGAGAACCGUCUCCUCAAGCAACGCGUAGAACUGCUGGAGAAGGAAAGUUCCGCUCUAGCAGAGCGUCUGGUCCGAGGUCAAGUGGACCGCGCUGAAGGAGAAGAAGAAACCUUUGCAUUGGAUCGAGAGGUCCAAGCGUUGCGUCGAGCUAACGUAGACAUGCAGCAGCGGCUGGCCGUUGCUUUAGAUGAGAUAAGAUCUCUCGAGAUGACUAUCGCCGAGAAUAACUCGAGGCAGUCGUCGCUGGAGGGCACCGAAAGCGCCAGCGGUCAGAAACACGAGGAACUAGCGCGCUGCCUGCAGAGGGAGCUAGUGCGGGCUCGUCUACACGCAGCGGAACGCGAGGCCGCCGAACGCGAACUGACGGCUCGCAUCGACGAACUCGAGAACGAGAACAAGAGCCUCAGGAGACAGCGCGUCGACAACAAUGUCGCACACUUACAGGACGAGCUGAUAGCCGUAAAGUUGCGCGAAGCUGAAGCUAAUCUCUCGUUGAAGGACUUAAGACAGCGGGUCUCGGAGCUGUCGGAAUCGUGGCAACGACAUUUGCAGGAGCACAAGCAGGAAGCGCCCGCUGCUCCAGUUCAGUCGAAUGUAGUAUCAGACAUCAUGGCGACCCCGAAGAAACUGCUGCGAGCUUGGGAAGGGAGGUCAGCUGACAUGCUCAAACUGGACGAGGAACUCAUGACCACCAGGAUCAGGGAGGUCGAGGCCUUGACCGAAUUAAAGGAGUUAAGACUGAAGGUAAUGGAACUAGAGACUCAAGUUCAAGUGUCGACGAAUCAGCUCCGAAGACAGGACGAGGAAGCUCGGCUGUUACGCGAGAAUCUAGAUGCAGCGCUCCAACGUGAACGAGCUCUCCAAACGAGGCAGAGAGAGUUCCAGCACAAAUACGCUGAUUUAGAGAGCAAGGCCAAGUAUGAAUCGAUGCAAGCUAACAUUCGAAACAUGGAAGACGCGCAAAGAAUAGCCGAACUGGAGACAGAAGUGUCUGAAUAUAAAUUAAAGAAUGAAGUCAUGGCAACCGAAGGUGAACUAAGGAACAAUAAUAUGGACGACUCCGACAGAGUACGUGAAUUGCAAGAGCAAGUCGCCGAGCUAAAAGCGGAGAUCAUGAGGUUAGAGGCGUGGAAAUCUCGGGCUCUCGGUCACACGGAGCUCAGCCGCGCCAUAUCCCUGGAGGACGAUUUGGAAGAAGACGAGAAACUCAAGUUGACACUGCGCCGAGAAUCUUCUACAUCAUUAGAAUUUACAACAACCUCACGCAAACCUUCGUAGCGAAUACUCAGCACAGCCCUAAAACGACCAGAUCGGUAUAUAUUUUUGCUCUUUCCAUUGACUUAAUAUUAGAAACGGUCGCAUCUGUUAUUUAAAUGAAGGCCUCAAUCGUGGUCUUUCGUUUAUGUUAUAUACACACAAAAGUAAGAAACGCAUAUGACAACAUAAUAUGAACCGAAGCUUUUUAUAACACGAGCGCCCACGAUUCGUUGAUUAUUUAAAUAAUAAGAUAAGACCGAAUGCACUUUUUAUACUACAAAAAAAAUUAUCAAUACUGUGAUAUAUUAUUACCGUGGUUUCAGUUCUGGUAUAUUUAAUCAACAUUUCUGCUGCUGUUGUUUAAGAAUUAUACAUUUUUAUGUAAGAUCCACUUAAAACUAUCAAUAUUUUUUAUAAUCAUAUUUCAUUUCAUAAUCUUUUAACAGAAUUAAAUACGACAGUUAAUAAAUGUGUUUUUUUACAUCUAAACAGUCCGAAUGCAAAGGAUUCUAUGAUCGUUUCAAUUAUAAUUAUGUUAUUUAAGCUAAUUAAUUAUUACAUUAUAUUAAUAUUAAUUAAUAAUUUUCGGUGAGAGAAAAUUGCGGUGAAAUUAGCUAUGUUUCGUCGCGUAUUUUUUAUAGUCUGCGUAGUUUUUUUUUUUUUUAAUAUUGUAGUAGCUAAGAUAUUUAUUACAACGAGCUAACCGCAAACGAGAUUGCUAUGAAAUUUAUUUGAAGCGUCAAAGUAUUGAUAGCUUAACAAAAAAAAAACCUUUUUUUUUUUAAAUAUAUUCUUAGCUUAAAAAAUCAGACGGACUUCAAAUUUUAAUGUUAACAUAUUUCUCUCGUGCUUCGUGAACGAUUUUUAACUAUUAGUAUGUGUCGAUAUGAAUUUAAUAUAGUGAACUGUAGUCCGGGCGUAGUAACAAUGAUUAGUGGUUGUUAGAUUUAAUGAUAUUACUGAAAUUUUUGUAGUUUUAAAAUCGAUAGUUUGAAUAAUUAACAACGUUUUAUCUCCAUUAACUCGUGAUGCCAAUAUCCAAAUUAGCUAGUAUCUCUUUACGGUUGUAGUUGAAAUAAUACAUCUAGAUUUUAACGUAGAACUUUUUAUAGAUAUAUAUAUAUUUUAUGCAAUAAACGACACAUUUGCUAUAACUGAAAAAAAUCUGCUUAGUAGUUAGACUACGAUUAUCAAAAUGACGCCAAAAUCACUAUCGACUACUUGGAAAGCAAUUUUUUUUUUCUCUCCAAUCAAAUAAAUUGAAAUUAACCCACAAUGUUUGUUAGUUUAGUAAUAGUGCUUAUUAAACAUUGUCAUUUUUGUUGAACAUUAAUUGUGCAGAACGUAAUUGCUAUUAAAACUGCAAAACCAAAACCGCAAAAGCACGCUUUACAACUUCAAGACUUUCACAACUUUUACAACUUGCCUAGUUGAACAUUCCAAUGUGAAUUCCUUAUUAAUAAUUUAUUUGUAGAUAAUAAUAAUAAUAAUCGAUUUGAUCUAGUGUGAAGUUCACAUGAUUAAACUAUUUUCAUUAAUCAUAAUUUUUACAAGAACAUAGUAUUUUAAAUAACAUAAUACGUUCAAAACAGGAAGAUUAUUAAAUAAUAACUUAUUUGAGAUUCGCAAAAAAGCGAAAAGAAAGUUUCGUCUAAAUGCAAAAUAUAAUUAUUUACUGCAUUUCGUUUAUUUUACUUAAGAAUAAGUAAAAGCUUUGGGUGAACUAAAAAUAUCGUUGGAUCAUUACAAAUCUUAUCUUAUCAUAUCUUAAAUAUCUUACAUGUGGCUAAGACUAACCUGACUUGUUUUACUUUUCAUGGCAUUAUAGUAAAAUAUUUGAGAGAGAUAAAUAAUAUUUUAAUACCUAGGUCAUUUAAAUUGAUAACAAUACUAUUACUGCUUAACAAAGGAAUAAUAACAUUUAAUAAAACGGAAAUAAAAAAAAUUAAAAUAUCUAAUAAUAUAUUUGUUAUAACAGGAAUCAGUAAUUUGAUAAUAAAUUCAUUACGUAAUUAGAAUGUUUUUAUUGUCGUGGAAAGCAAUCGAAUAGGUCUCCCGUGGACGUCAGCAUUUCCAGGGUCACGGAACUGGGUCACUACCCACAAGGGACAUAUAAGCGUACGGCGGAAUACCGUGUAAUAAAAGUUCAUUUCCGAAAAUGAUAGUACAUGGCAGACAGAAUCAUAUUGAAAACGCACCAUGAGUGAAUAAACCGGUUUCAAGCAGUAAAGUACUGUACGGAAAUGUUAAAAAGGAAUGACGGGAAUUCGAUAUAAUUCCUUCGGUUCAAAACACAAGAACUAGCUGUAGCCCCUGACUUUUAUAACGUAUUCCACAUGGCUUAGUAUCUUAAAUGUCGAAUUCAUUCGAUACGUGUACUAAUCGUACCAAAACCUCUUGCUAUAAGCAAAAUAGUCUAAUCGCGUUUUCAAUUAACGCUAUGGUUAAUGUAGUAAACUAAAAAACAGUCAAUUGAUCGAGCUAUCACAUUAAAAUUUUGGUAAUAUUUUUUUUAAUAGUAGGUAAUAUUUUUUUUUAUAAUUAUUGAAUAAUAUCAGUGAUUCGAACGUGUUGUGUUGGUCAUAAUUUAAGAAUCAAUAUGCCCAAAUGAUAAUGAUAUAUUUUAUGUACUGACUAAUGUGAUUAUAUUAAUGACAGCUAUACUUACAUCCUUGUGUACUUACUUAAUUUUCGAAUAUGACUGUGUUAUUCAUUAAUUUCACUUACAACAUUCUUGUUGAAUACUCAUAAAUAAUGAUUAGUUAACUUAAUUUAAUUUAAAAAGAUAUUUUUUAUUUUAUUAAUUUGUUUUAUGUUAUUAAUUCUACGCCAGAUGCUUAAAGAUGUUUGCGAGAUAAUACAUAAUAAUUUAUUCAGAGUGAAUUUUAUGAAGAAUAUUUAUAAUAUAGUAAGAUUAUUAUAUUAGUUUAAAAAUUUUAUUUUAUAAGGUUUGAUGUAUUUCGCUUUACUGUAAAACAAUUUUAACGAACCAGAAUUUAAUAGCACAUUGGGAUUCCAAUAAUUAUUAAUGGGCCUACGUGUACUAAUGCAAGUGCAGGUAUGUAUGUUUUUGGGACAGCCGCGUAGUGAUUCCAAAUUCUUGAAUACAUUUUAGAUAAAUCAAUUAAAACGCUUGGAAUGCUGAAAUUUUAUUACCAGUAUUUCACAGAAAACAGGCCAAGGCGAAGUAAUUUAUUUAAAUAUUCUCUCGACGGCGCUGUUACUAUUUCUGCGUCAACACUUGCAUCAGCGUGAAGAUCGAUGUCUUUAAAUCUCUUUUAAAAUUUAAUCGUUUUGAAACAAUAAAGAAAUUGUCUAUUUGCGAAUUGCAUUAAUCUACGCACGGCCAUUUGAUCUAUAGAGAAGUAUCCUAACACCAAAAAAAUUAAUUAUUAACUCUUAAAAUUUACGUUACGUGAUAUAGUCAAUUAGGCAACUACUAUGGUCCAAACAUAAUGAGAUUUAGGUGUGUUAAAACGUUCAAAUAUCUUUAUUAUCAUUAACGAAAUAAUGAACAAUUGGGACACUGCGAUCUUACUAUUUCUCAUGUUCGAACGCGUUAAAAUAUUAAGCCUCAGAUUUGAACUGAGUGGUCUUGAAAGUAAAAACGUUGAUAUUUUAAUAGUACCUAUAUAUUCAAUUGUUGGUUUACAUAGCAAAUAUAAACGGAGUUUGCGCAGGUUCAUAGUCGUUCGAGCGAGUGUUCGUGGUUUUUUUUAUGAGAGGCAAAGGUCCUGAUGGCGGAGCUUCUCCUCACUCCGCGGCACCAUGUCCGCGAGGUCGCUACUAGUGAUGAGAUGCAGGAACAAACGAGAUCGGUUUUAAAAUCCUACUACAUCCAAAUCAGCUGCUAAAAAUGACUGAAUCUCGUGUAUUGUGUUUAAUCUAUGCGACAAAUAACUAUGACUACGACUGUACGCGAUAGCCCUCGUACAUAUAUAUGUAAAUACGUACGAAUUACAACCGGGCUUGCACUUGCUUCGACGUAUUAGGGCCUGUGCACACCACGUUUUGUAAACGCGCCGUCGAUGCGCGAUCGUAGCGAUACCGACGCGAUACGCACGCAAGUCAGACGCAACCUGUAGACCUUUUCACACCUGUAUAAAUUCAAAUACGCGUUUGAAUCGAUACAGACGCGAUACUCAUGCGCGUUUGUACCGAUACAAACGCGCGUUAACAUCACGUUUGUAUCGACACAAACGACAAGAAACCAUUCUGUGGGAUAAAAAAGCGCCGUCGACGCGCGUUUGUAGCGAUACAGACGCGAUGCUAACGCGCGUUUGUAUCGAUACACAUGCGCGUUAUCAUCGCGUUUGUAUCGAUACAGACGACAGCAAACCGCUCUGUAGGAUAAAAGUGCGCCGUCGACGCGCGCGCGCUUAAAAAACGUGGUGUGCACAGGCCCUUAGCUUUUCUCACGUUUGUCAAACGUAAACCCCUAGAUUUCGUUGGAAAAUGCCCUUUUAAUAUGGUUUAAAGUUCUUUAAAAUAUUUAGCAAAGAGUUUGUUUGCUAGUUAACUCCACUACAUUAAAUAUUUUUUAUAAACUUAAAAAUAAAAUUAUGCCAGUAUAAUAAUACUAUUUUGGACCGUUAGAUUUCUUUAAGUGAAUAAACAUUGUUUUAUAUAAAAUUUAAUAAUAGGUAUAUUGUAUGAUGUCGGUUGAUUUUGAAUGUUAUUUUUUAUUUUGUAUUAAUUUUAUGUCGGAUCCAUGCGCAAUGUAAAUUAAGAAUCAGUUUCUAAGAUCUCUUAAUCACUACUGUAAGCAGCACAUCAUUUUAUAGUUUUUUUAAAAUCUAAAUACCGAUAUGAUUGUGUAGUCAAGAUGUGAUAAAAUGCUUUAGACUACCUGGUGUAUUGUUUGAACUCUGACCAGUAAACAAUAUAUUUUUAGGACUUGACUGCGAUUUUAUGUAUUUUCAUAUUGUGUACGGUAAUAAAAUAGUAUUCA